AUGGUUCAACCAUUCAACUCGACUGAAGCCAAUGGAGGCCGGCCUCCAGCGGCGGCACCUCUUCCGACUGCACCACCGAUGGACACGCUGGCGAGGGCUGAUGGUCAGUACGUGGACUUCCUGGUACUUGGCAAUAAGGAGAACUAUAUCGUGCGAGCCGAACGGAAGGCCAUCCUUGACUCCAACACCACCCUGGUGCAGAUGUUGUCCGGGUCAAGCGAUGGCAAGUGUGUCUUGCACGUGAAUCGAGAUAACUUUGAGAUCUUCGUUCGAUACCUCGAGACCAAUUUCAUCAAGUUCACCUCACCGCCGCACACGCUCGAGAUUCUCGAGCUCUCCACCCAGUACCAGUGUCGCCAGUUGGAGAUCCACUGCGUAAAAGAGCUCGAUCUCAACCUGAACCUCGACCACGUGUUGGAGGUGUACCGGGCGCUUUGGUUCUACAAUUCGGUCGCUCCACCAAAGGCACCCCCAAAAGAGCUAAAGCGUCGUUCCAAAUGUCCGAGGGCGCACAAGCAGCACGUGGUGGCCAAUGGACCGCUCACACCUGAAGAGUACUUUGCAGCGCUGCUGAUCAACUGUCUGCAGCUGAUCGACACACAGGCUGAGCAGGUAUUUGCUCAGGAGGCGAUGAUGGAGCUGCGCUUUCCGGAACUAGAGAUGAUCGUGAAGCGAGACACGCUUCAGCUAUCCUCGGAGAUGGCCCUGAUCGAUCUGCUUGCCCGCUGGAGCCUGGCAGAUUGCAAACGCAAGCACGUGGAUCCUACACCCGAGAACCGCCGGCGAGCUCUAGGAGCACUCUGCUAUGCUCCUCGAUACCUCACAAUGUCGCGGCGUGAAUUUGAGGUGUCCCGCGAACGUAUCGAGCUGCUCGAUCCUACCGAACUGCAGCUCGUCGGUGACAUCCUGACCAGUGGUGGCAUGAAAAAGGCGAAUCAACUCGCCCCGGAGCAACAGGAACUUAUGGCUCGGUUCCGUACGGUACGGUCAGCCUUCCCACUGAUGCCGGUGGAGCUUAGUGCCCGUAGUCACCCGCGCAACUACCCGAAACGGAUGCGAAAGGCAGCUGCCGAUGCGGAACGAGAGCGAAGUGGUGACCCGCGGAAGUCCUGUUGCAACCGGUUCCUCCUGAACUGCUGCUCCGUGUUUGCGUGCAUCUUCGAUUAG